AUGUCCACCACACUCUGGAUGGGCCUGCGCCUCACAGCAAAAGUCUCAAAAUUCCAAGCCGCCAACGGCGACCGUUUCCCAGCUAAGCAAGGCAACGCCCAAGACGCCGCCUGGCUAGCCCGGCACUUCCUGAAGAUCAUCGCAGACGCCGACUUCCUCACCUACGGCGCAAUGAUCGGGCACAGUCCCGGGCUAAAGCAAUGGCGCGUUGUGCUCGACGCAUUUGAGCCGGACGGCAAGGGUGUCAAAACCGAUUUGACCGUUCGUCUGGUGGAGAAGUUGAAGAGGGGCUGGUACCUGGCGCACCACACUGUGCACACGCUGUGGGGGACUCAGCAUGAACUGGAGCGGGAUAAUGAGGUUGGAUGGGAGGACCAUGAUGACUGGAAGCAUCGGACGGCGUUCAUGGCGUACCGUGGUGUUCCCUUUAUCCUGCAGGUUGAUGGAGAGCUUUGGGAGGAGAAUUUGCUUGAGCUGAGUGCUCUGCUUCAACGCGACUGCAAAGAGCAGGCGGAAAAAUUGAAAAAGGACGCGGAGUCUUGGGAUACCAUUGCAAGCGCGACAAGUUGGGAGAAGCCACUCGAGAAAAAGCAUCGUAAGGCAUUAGCAGACGCCCUAGAAAAGAUGGCACCCGCCGCGAGCGUCGGACGGACGGAGUCUUCUGGACGUCCUGAGAGAAAGGUGCGCUUUGCGGAGGAGAAAAACGAAGCUUAUAGCCCUGUUACUAGCGAUGAUGGAAAGCAAGUCGCGGAGCAAAGUGCUGAUGGUGGCGGGUCCGUUGCUGGUGUGAUGCUGCGUAGAAUUGGACUGUUUCGCAAUAACUCUUUCUAA